AUGACUACCUAUCACCUCUUAGGUACUGAUAGGGAUAGAGAGGGCGCCGAAGUGAUCAAGCUAGAGCUCUGGAUAGCCGGUAUCCAUCAUAAUCUAACGGACUGCCUACCAAAUUCCGUCACAAAACUCGCUUUGAACAACCAUUACGCCGUAUUCGCCGAGACAUGUGGCGACCUUGACAAACCCAAUCUAUCCAAAGCUCGCAAAAUACUGGAGGGCUCUGAGAAGAAGUUUGGUAGCUUGAAGACGCAACUGAAGAGUGUCUCAACAGGUGCAUACAUUGGUAUCCGCACAGGAACGGAGAGAUUGAUCCUUGCAAGGUCCGAGGCCGAUGUCAGACUAGUUGUACAGUUGUCACACACUUUGGAGACGGCAGAGGAAGAUGAAUGGGUCACACUCCCCCAUGAACGUGGCAAGCUGACAGUCGACGGCUAG